GUAACGUCUGGUACAAGCUAAGCAGAGAAAUCAGUGCAAAAGACCCAGCCACAGAGAACAAGCCACUUCUCUGCUUUCUGAAUUUUCCAGAUGCCCAUUUUCAGUCAGAAUGGAUUUUCUGGUUUGUUAAAAGAAUGAAAAUCACUUUCAAAAGCUUGCCAAUUAUCUGUAGUACCGUGGGAGUGCUUCCUACUCAUACAUGAUAAUAGAAUCCACCACUCUGUGAUCUGCAGUGAAGGACAGCAUUCAAGGGAAGGGUUUAUUAAUGAAAUAUGACGGGGUAUGCAGAUUUGAUCUUCCUAUCUACCUUCCUCUCGGUUUCCAUGACAACUGAACCAUUUGAUCCAAUGGAAGGUGAGGCUUUAGUUAUAAAAUGUCCCAAACGGAGUUCAUCUGUGAAAGUCACCUGGUAUCACAUGGAUACUAACAAAAUAAUUCCUGCAGAAGAGGAGGGAUCACGAAUAUUUUCCUUAGAACGAUUUCUUUGGUUUCUGCCAACUUCUAGAGAGGAUUCCGGAAACUACACUUGUGUAACACAUCUUUCAACAAAUCGCACAAAGUCAUUCAACGUGAGUGUGCAAGUGCAUUCAUACAAGCAAGGAGUAUGUUUCCCAAGUCAGAUUCGUUACCCAAAUGACACUAAAAGAGGAAAAAUUGUUUGUCCUACCAUUGAUAACUAUAAGAAUGCUACUAUCGUCCAGUGGUAUAAGGACUGCAAACCUCUUCAGGGACAGAGAUACUUCAAGCAAGAAAAAUACAUUUAUAUUGAGAACCCAACAAGGGAGGAUGAUGGUUAUUAUACUUGUCAGUUUAUUUAUACUCAUAAAGGAAAUAUGUUUAAUGCAUCAGCAACAAGAAUUUUCAUAAGUGAGGCAAAACACUCACCUCUACCUCCUCAAAUCUUAUUUCCAAAGAAUAAAAAAGUAAUAGAAGUGGAGCUUGGUGCUGCUUUGUCUCUGAAAUGUCAGGCCCUCCUGGGGAUUAAGAAACAGCCAAUGUCUGCUGUCAGCUGGGAUGUGAAUAACAUCCCAGCAAAACACUACGAUUUUACAAGAUUUCAUGAAGAAACACAUUUUUUUGAAGGACAUGCGCAAGAAUACUAUGAAGAGACCACUUUGAAUAUAACUGAAGUAAAAACAGAGGAUCUGCAGUCAAAUUUCACAUGUAUAGCAUUGAACGCAAUGCACAACACAAGAGUCACAGUGACGUUACAACUCAAACCACAAUUUGAGGUGGUUCUUUGUAAUGUCCUCUUGAUCACAGGAUCUCUAGUUCUGCUAGUUGCAAUAGCAGUCUCGGUUAUACUUUAUCAGUCCUUCCGAGCUGAUAUCGUCCUAUUGUAUCGGGAGAUAUUUCAGCCCUACUCUGUCAAGGACGAUGGGAAGAUAUAUGAUGCAUACGUUAUCUACCCCAAAAACCACACCAAUGAAGCUAAUUUUGUGGAAUACUUUGUUUAUCAAAUCAUGCCAGAUAUUCUAGAAAAUAAAUGUGGAUAUAAAUUGUGUAUUUAUGGGAGAGAUAUAUAUCCUGGAGAAGAUACAGCCAGUGCAAUUGAGAAGAGGAUGCAGAGGAGCAGACGGCUGAUCAUCCUUCUAACACACCAGCUGAUUAAUUGUAAAGAACCUACUUAUGAUCAACACAUUGCUUUAUACAAUGCCCUCAUUCAAAAUGACACAAAGGUGAUCCUUCUGGAAAUGGAGAGAAUUGAGACUUAUGGGAAACUUCAGGAAUCUCUUAGGUUUCUUAUUAAGCAGCAAGGUACCAUCAAAUGGAAAGAGCAGCACACUGCACACCCACAGUCACCCAAUUCUAAGUUCUGGAAACAGGUGAGGUACCAUAUGCCACUGACACUCAAAUCCUCACACUCAGCUAACACUGGGUGAACAGUCUGUAGAAAUACUGCUGGACUCUCAGGAUGGGCUACAUGCCUGCAACUUUUUUUCCUUUCAGAAGGUACAUGAUUUUACAAUCUGGAAGUCUAGCCGUGUUUUUUGAACUUUUUUUGAGCUUUUUUCAGUCCUUCAACUGAAUAAUGAGAAGGUAAAUCAAUAGAAGAGGUCUAGGGAACUGAGACAAGUUUUUAUAGGUAUGAGAGUUCUGUGAAAAAUUAAUUCUAGAUCAUGUGGAGUAUUUUGCAUGAAGCUAAAUGUACCUAUAUUCUUUCUAUAUAUAGUUGUACAUAUAACAGAAAGUUAUUAUUGUGAAUAGGUGAAUGCCUUCCAGGUUUACUUCACCUUUCUAAUGCAGUUGAUCAAACCUAAAUGCUUUCUGUAUUAUUUGACUAGAAAGUAUAAUGUGUAUUAUGCCACUAGAAAGUAUAAUGUUAUGCUUUUGUUACCUUUUUUUUGCCACAUUUCUUUUUGAUUCAAUAGUGAUACUCAAACCAUGAAAUUUUAGUUUUCCUUAGUAUGGAUGCCUCACUAAAGGCUCUUUUGAGACUGAUGUGAAUACAGCAUUAAAAAAAUGCAGUGUUAAGGGAAAUAAAUACACUGAUAUAUAUUUAUAUGCAAUUUUUUAUAUUUUAUAUAUAUAUUAAAAUCUAUUUCAUGCAAAGAGGAAAUUUAAAAUCUUUCAAAUACAGUAGACCAUGCUGUUACUGCUAUUAUUACUCUUGGGAACACGAUGUGACUCUUGGGGAUGGUCCUGUGCAGGGUCAGGAUUUGAAUUCGAUGAUGCUUGUGGGUCCCUUCCAAUUCAGCAUAUUCUGUGACUCUGUGAUUCUAUGAUCUCCAUACGGAAAUAACAUUUUAAAAUUUAGGGUGGUGUUUUGGACACUGAUAGCAUUCCUUCAAGGUACUGAGAAAAUAGACUGUAUUUUUAAUAACAAGAAAUAUCCACUUUCCCCCCCCCCCCUGCUUUGAACUCAUGCCUAGUUAUACUUUCUUCUGAUAGGGAAUACCCUCAGAUUCAAAGAUCAGAGCCAAAUCUCCUUCUACUUCAUGGGUGUAUGAACAAAAUGUGUUCUAGUAAAGAUAUCCCUGCAAACUUUAAUCUUUUUAGCUUUUUAAAACCAGGAAAUUUCUUACUGUCAAAGAAAGCUUUGUUUUCAGCUUCAGAUUUGCUACAGAACAAACUUAAAAAGUGAAAAUUUGAUGCAGAACACCUAUUGUUACCAAGUCCAGGAUUACAGAAUAGGCAAGUUCUUUCCUUUUACUGUAACUUUUUACUGAAUGUGGAUCUUCAGACUUAUGGAUAGCUAUUUGGAGUAGAAAAAAUGUG